GGACAACAACAACAAGAAGGUUAACUACAUCAACGAUUCCAAGAACCACGUACAAUGUACGUACCUAGAGUUUGACAGCGCAAUUAAAAAACAUUUUGCAUUUACACAAUAGUGCGAAAACAACCUAUGAAAAUAAUCCGUGAGUGACAGUGCAAUUUAAGGACUAAGUAAACGGAUUAUGAAUAUCUGCAAAACUUAAUUAACUUUGUACCAAUAAGUGCCAAGCAUUCACUCGGGUUGUUUGUGCAAUAACAACGUCCAUCUCCGGUUCCUUUCAAAUAUCCACCUCCUGGACUCUACCGUGUACAUUUGUAUCCGUAUAGUUUUUAUAUAAAUAUAAGAUAGAAUCUAUAGUAAAAUUAGAUUUAGUACAGAGUCUGCACUACGCACACGCUGAGUCUCGGGCAGAUGCUUUUCGCUCUGUCCUCAAAUUUAUAUAUGAAAUUAAUUACUUUUUAAAUAAAUUACUUAUAACUAACUUGUGUAACUUGUCGCGCUACAACCUUCUCUCCUACAUUCACCAUCAACGUCGACGAACUCAAAAAUAUAAGCGAGCAGUGAGGGAUCACUACACUUAUAACUAACUUGUGCAACUUGUCUCUCUACAACCUUCUCUCCUACAUUAAACAUCAACGUCGACGAACUCAAAAAUAUAAGCGAGCAGUGAGGGAUCACUACACGUCUUUUGGUGUCAGGUGUGGGGUCACCUGAAGGAAGAAUUUUGGUAUCCAACCCAGAAUCAAGUACAUCAGCGGACCUCGAGUUCAACCACGUUGCUGAAACCUAGGAAGGAAGGAACGACCGAAGUAAGCCACCAACUACACUCAACAUAGCCAAGCGGAGCAUCAACGACGAGCCAGCAGAGCCGCCAGCACGCAGAGCAGACAGGACCAGACAAAAUCGCAAUGAAUACUGCAUUACUUAUGCUUCUGAUAAUACCAUUCACGUCGGGAACUUUUCGAUACACCGACGAACAACUAACACGACACUCUGGCCUAUACUACGAGAACCGGGGACCUUUGAAACUUAUUACGUCUCAAUGGGACCUAACUGCAUAUAUUAAUCUUGCUAAGUAUAAGAAACGGUUUGUUUAUAUUGACGAUAUUAUGAACCAAACUGAAACACUAUGUAUAACCAUCGCACACAAUGUCGAUAACAAUUGUAAAAACUUAGUGUACACAGCUAAUACUAUAGUAAGGGAACUACGUAAAAGAAGGGAACUAGUGAUAGAAUCCAUAGAACAUAAACUUUCCAAAAGAAGUACAACGUUAGGAACAAUAGCAAAGGCAGCCAGAUUAAUAUACGGAAUAUGUAAUCUGGAAUGUAUAAAAAGAUUUACUUUUAAUAUAGGACAAACGCACGACGCGACACAAACAAAAUUCGUUAAAGAACAAAUAAAAAUAGUUAAAUUACAAACCAAGUUUGACGAAUACGAAAACUAUAAUACAACUUUUGUAUAUAACGAAUCUAUUAAUAUAUCUAGGGAACAACAAACAAAAAAUUACUUGUUAAAACACUUCGUAAUUGUAAAUUUGUUAAUAACAAAACAUAUGUUAGAAACCAAUACAUUACUCGAAAUAAUACAACAAGCAAAAAUAGGAACAAUUCAUACCAGUUUAAUAUCUCCACGCGAUUUUUUAGAAAACAUUAAAGACAUUAAAGUGUCAUUACCUGGGGGCACCGAUUUACCUACUGAUUUAGACAUACAAAAUAUUUACGAAUUAGUAAAGCUCUCAGACAUUACUAUAUACUAUGCAAAUGACAACUUAGUGUUUAUACUUACUUUACCUCUAAUCUAUCAAAAUGAUUUUAUUUUGUAUAAUUUAAUACCUGUGCCAGUGUGCACCGAAAACGAUUGUUAUUAUAUAAAACCUAGUAAUAAGUAUCUAGCUAUAAGUAAGACGAAAGAACACUAUGCUCUUUAUGACGAAUUUUAUUACACACAUUGUAAACACGCUAGAGACUUCCUUUUGUGUCCUGAAGGUAAUCCAUUACAUCCACGUACUAGUAGACCAGCGUGCGAAGUACAAUUACUCCAAGAUCCUAUAAAAGUUCCAACAAGCUGCGAAAUCAUGCACGUACAAAUGGGUACAUCCAUCUUUCACAAAAAACGAUUCAAAAACGAGUGGAUCUACGUCACCAACUAUGACAUAGUAUUCAUUACAUGCGACGAAGAUAAAGAAUCCACCAGCAAAACACUAAGAGGUGUAGGUAUCUUAAGUUUAAACGAAACUUGUAAAGCGUACGCCGCUAGAGACGUACUCAUACCAGGGAAAGUCGAUUACAAAUCUGAAUAUAUGGAUUUCAACCCGAAAUCAGUUUUAGAACACAUAAAGGAUAUGCCGUUCACCGACAACAACAACUUAAUGGAAGAUUACCAUGUUAAAACAAAUAACAUGGAGGAUCUACAUAAAGUGUCAGGGUCAAACAAACAAUUAGAAAAACAACGGAAAGUCGACAACAAAAUUGACGAGCUAGAGGACGCGCAAGAACGCAACGAUUAUAUAUUAUAUGUAAUAACAAGUAGUAUUUUUAUGACAGUAAUCAUAUUAAUAAUAAAUAUGGUUAAAGCAAAAAACAGUAACAAAUCACACGGAAGUAGCACAGUCACAGGAAGAGACAGAAGAACUAAACGCAAACCAAAUGAUGUCGUCAAGAGGAAUCGACAUGGUCGAGUUUCCACUCGCACCAAGAAACAGCCUUACCGGCUACCCAACACUUCGGACAUUCUUGAAUUAGCGGAAGUCAGGGACUUCCAUCUUCGAGGGGAGGAAUGUAGUAAACCGACGGUAUUACUAAUAUUCUAAGUACAUUCCCACGAUAGGACAACAACAAUGAGAAGGUUAACUACGUCAACCAUAGGACAACAACAACAAGAAGGUUAACUACAUCAACGAUUCCAGGAACCACGUACAAUGUACGUACCUAGAGUUGACAGCGCGAUUAAAAAACAUUUUGCAUUUCCACGAAAAUACGAAAACAACCUAUGAAAAUAAUCCGUGAGUGACAGCGCAAUUUGAGGAUUAAGUAAACGGAUUAUAAAUAUCUGCAAAACUUAAAUAACUUGGCACCAAUAAGUACCAACCAUUCGCUCGGGUUGUUUUUGCAAUAACAACGUCCAGCCCGGUUCCUUUCAAAUAUCCACCUCCUGGACUCUACCGUGUACAUUUGUAUCCGUAUAGAUUUUAUAUAAAUAUAAGAUAGAAUCUAUAGUAAGAUUAGAUUUAGUACAGAGUCUGCACUACGCACACGCUGAGUCUCGGGCAGAUGCUUUUCGCUCUGUCUUCAAAUUUAUAUAUAAAAUUAAUUACUUUUUAAAUAAAUUACUUAUAACUAA